UUUUCAUCUCCCCAUGGCUGACCAGGUAGACGUUCUCCUCUAUGGACUGGGAGCCAUUGGCUCCUUUUACGCCUUCAUCCUACAUCGCAGCCAGCGGGUCCGCCUCACCGUUGUGGCCCGGUCCAACUAUACGGCUGUCAAGGAGAAUGGUAUUCUUCUGAAAAGCGCCAACCAUGGCGCGCAUCGCUUCCAUCCCGACCGAGUCAUCCGCUCGCCCUCAGAACUCACCCAACCAGCCGACUACAUCGUCUGCACCAACAAGGCCAUUGACCCGGACAGCGUGGUCCAAUCCUUAGCUCCCGCAGUAGGCAAAGACACCACCAUCGUGAUCAUCCAGAACGGCGUCGGAAACGAAGACCCAUUCCGCGCCGCCUACCCAAGUUGCACAAUCAUCUCCUGCGUCACAUGGGUCGGAGCCUCCCAACCCACCCCCGGGCACGUCAUCCACACCACAUCCGAAGAUACCGAACUCGGCCUCUACCCCAACCCGACCCUCCCCUACGACAUCGAAUCCACGCGUCUCACCACCUUCACGACCCUCCUCACACAGGGUCAAACCCCGUUCACCAUCCACGCCAACAUCCAACCCACCCGCUGGUCCAAAGUCAUCUGGAACUGCGCCUGGAAUACCCUCACCACGCUGACCGCCCAAGACACGCAAUCCUUCCUCCAGUCCUCCCCCGACGCUAUUCCCUUUACACGUCGUCUCAUGAGCGAGGUCAUUGCCGUGGCGCAGGCGAGUGGGGUCUCUCUCCCGUCGGAUCUGAUUGAUACGCAACUCGCUCGGAUAAAGGGUCUCGGGGCGGUGCGGACGAGUAUGCAGAUUGAUCGGGAGAAUGGGCGGCCGAUGGAGAUUGAGGUGAUUGUGGGGACGCCGGUACGGAAGGCGAGGGAGUUGGGGGUUGAUACGCCGGUUUUGGAAGCGUUGUAUGUUUUGUUACGCGCGGUGGAUGGGGAGGGGAGGAGGGGGCAGAAGAUAUAGGUCCCUGCUAUACACCGUACACACGCAUGUAUCCGGU